AUGGAGACGUCCACAUCGAGAGCCGCAGAGAAGAAAGACAAAAUGGACGGGAGCGGAUUCUCCGAGCUGCCGAAGAAGACGUCGCCCCCGGAGCCGAGAGCCCCACACCACAUCUUCCCCACCUUCCACACGCCGAUCCCCAUUGACAUGCGCCAUCACGAGGGCCGAUACCACUACGAGCCCCACGCGCUGCACGCCCUGCACGGCCCUGCAGGUCUGUCCGGCAGCCCCGUCAUCUCCGACAUCUCCCUCAUCCGCCUUUCACCCGCCGCCGUGCCGACGGGCGACUCUCCCUUCAGCCCGCCUCACCCGUACGUCAGCCCUCACAUGGAGCAGUACCUGCGCUCUGUGCACGGCAGCCCCACCCUGUCCAUGAUCUCCGCAGCCAGAGGACUCAGCCCUGCCGACCUGGCCCAUGAGCAUUUAAAAGAACGCGGCCUGUUCGGGCUUCCUCCUCCUCCUCCAGGGACGAACCCGGCAGAGUAUUACCACCUGAUGGCCAGCCACCGGAGCCCCUACGGGGAGCUGCUGAUGCAGGGGGCCGGUGCCACGGCGGGGGCUCACCUGUCCGACUACGUCACCCCCAUUGAUGUGUCGCGCUUCUCCAGCCCCAGACUGACGCCCAGGCUGAGCAGGAAGCGAGCUCUGUCCAUCUCGCCGCUGUCGGACGCUAGCAUCGACCUGCAGACGAUGAUCCGCACCUCGCCAAACUCACUGGUCGCCUACAUCAACAACUCGCGCUCCAGCUCGGCAGCGAGCAGCUCCUACGGUCACCUGUCGGUGGGAGGACUCAGCCCGUCCUUCCCCUUCGCUCAUCCCAUCAACCCCGUGGCCUACCAGCAGCUCCUCUCCCAGCAGCGGGGGCUCAGCGCCUUCGGCCACACUCCGCCUCUCCUCCAGCAUCCGCCCUCCUUCUCCAGCCACCCGCCGGGCCUCGGCCUCUCCUCCCUGCCCGCCUCCGCCCACCACAGCGACCUGCCGUCCAAGGUAAAGGCAUACACAUUGUUAACAAAACGAGCCCUUCAGGAUGAAUUAUUUCAUCAGGUUUUGAUCCUGAAUCUUCUCUUCUCUCCUCAGAACCUCAGUGGUGACUCAGCCGUCAGCAGCACCGUUGAUCCCAUGAUCACCAAGAGGUCAAAGGUUAAGACUGAAGCUGAAGGACUGAGGCCGUUGUCUCCGUGUUCACCGGACCGUCACGGCAGCCUGGCGGACUUGAAGGACGACGUGGAUCGGGACGAGUGCAAGCAGGAGCCUGAGGCCGUUUACGAGACCAACUGCCACUGGGAAGGCUGCAGCAAGGAGUACGACACGCAAGACCAGCUGGUCCACCACAUCAAUAAUGACCACAUCCACGGAGAGAAGAAGGAGUUCGUGUGCCGUUGGGAGGACUGUUCGCGGGAGCAGAAGCCCUUCAAAGCUCAGUACAUGCUGGUGGUUCACAUGCGGCGACACACAGGGGAGAAACCACACAAGUGCACGUUUGAGGGCUGCUCGAAGGCCUACUCCCGUCUAGAGAAUCUCAAAACCCACCUGCGCUCGCACACCGGCGAGAAGCCGUACGUCUGCGAGCACGAAGGAUGCAACAAAGCCUUCUCCAACGCAUCGGACCGAGCCAAACACCAGAACCGGACACACUCCAACGAGAAACCCUACGUAUGUAAGAUCCCCGGCUGUACGAAGCGCUACACGGAUCCCAGCUCUCUCAGGAAGCACGUCAAGACGGUCCACGGCCCGGAGGCCCACGUUACCAAGAAACAGCGCAGCGACAUGCCGCCCAGGCCGCCGGCGCCCAGGGAGAAUGGCGAGAAUGAGACGGGCAACAGAGAAAAAGUCCUGAGGGAGGACAAGAUAUCAGACAACAGCUCCCCCAGAGGCAUGGAGGAUUACCUGCACGUCAAAUCCAUCAAGACAGAAAACUCUGUGGUGUAUCAGUCCAGCCCUGGCGGUCAGUCAUCAUGCAGCAGCGAACCAUCACCACUUGGCAGUACCACCAACAAUGACAGUGGAGUAGAAAUGGCGGCGCACAGCGGGGGAAGCCUGGGGGACCUCAGCACCCUGGACGACCUGCCCUUUGUGGAGUCACUGGGAUGUGAUGACUCCACCAGCGGGGUCGCGGUGGUGGGUCUUCACUUCAGAAAGCAGCUCGGCACCAUGCUGAAGAAGGAGAAGCUGAAGACAGUGAGGGACUCGUGUCGGUGGGCCAGUAACUCAACACCCCUGGUCCUCGGCACCAAGCUCCCACCCAUACCAGCAAGCGGGUCCCUCCUGGAGAGUCCAAGUAUGGGUGGAGGUCUGAUGUCCUUCCCUGGUUCCGGCUUGGGUGAUCUGAGCUCUGGUAAAACAACUCUGUUGGAAAACCUUUCAGAGCGCCGUGACAGCACCUCCAGCACCCUGAGCUCAGUUUACACCCUCAGCCGCCGCUCCUCAGGCAUCUCCCCGUGCUACUCCAGUCGGCGCUCAAGCCAGGCCUCGCAGUUCGGUGCCAACCGUCCCAGCAACCUUAGCUCUGCCGACUCCUACGACCCCAUCUCUGCCGACAUCUCGCGCCGCUCCAGCCAGGUCAGCCAGUGGGGGGGAAGUAGUGGAGGAGCAGGAGGGCAUGGAGGACGUGGUUUACCCAGCCCGCUCAGCCUGACCCCAGCCCAGCACUACCACCUCAAGGCAAAAUAUGCUGCUGCCACUGGAGGUGCACCACCUACACCUCUUCCAUAUAUGGACCAAAUGUGUCUGAAAGCCCACACGGCUGUGUGGAGUGACUCCCAGCAACCCUCCUCCACCACCAAAGUACCUUCCAGGCAGUACAACAGCUACGCCACACGCAGUAUGAUGCCCCAUGAGGCCCCGUCUAACAUCCCCCGCAGAGCCAGUGAUCCUGUGAGACGCAUGGCCAUGGAUUAUCUCAGCCAGCCACAAAUGCAACGCUACAACAGCAUGGAUACACUGAGAGGAGCCAUGCAGCCCCGUCCACCUCCUGCAGCAGAUCGCCAACGUUCAUCUCACCAAGGUGUCUGUCUGCGAUUGGACGGCAGACUCCAACACUACCCUUACAGCCUACAACCGCCCAGCAUUUCAGAAAACGUGACUAUGGAGAUGAUAACAGGCGACAUCCCUGAGGAGGACCUGACGCUGCCUGACCUCAGCACUGACAACAGAGUUUUAACAAAUCAACAAGAUUUCCAAGCAACCCCUAAUCUCCAGCUGCAGUCAUACGAUCAGAGAAGGAUGGCCAUUGUGAAUACCAACAUGAACCUGCCCAGUCAGGUUUGGGUCACCUCAAGCAUGAGUUCAGUGCAGCAGCAGCAGGUGUGUCCACCUUCACCUGGAGAGACUAAGACCAGCUCACCUGCUCAGUGGAAUAAAGUCUCUUUGGGUGACAGCCAGCACUACUCCAAACUCCAGGUCAGAGGGAACCUGGCUGUCCUGCAGCAAAACCAGAACUCUUUUCACAACAAUCUCAGCUCCAACCAGCAGAUGAUUAAAAACCUCUCAAACACAAGGCAGCAGAGAUGUAAACAGCUGAAUACUGAGCCAGGGGCAAACUGCUUCCAGCAGCAGAGGAUCCAGCAGUCAUCAAAUCUCAAUGAAGGAAUCAGCACUCAGUGCAGCAUCGGCCCCUGUGAUAAGAAUGGUAACAGCACUUAUCCACCUCGUAAUGACACAGCAGCAGUCAACGGGGCCAUGCUGAGCCCCACAGGCAAACAGGAGCCAGCUGACAUGGAGACUGUUGACGUGCACUUUGCUGAUGCUGGACUUCAGCAUGUGCAAGUUAAAACUGAGGACUGUGGUGGAUCAGUCUUGAUUUCAGAUCAGCAGAACUGCAACCUGACCUCCCAGAAUCCCUUGCAAUCUGGGAGUCAGAACCACCUCCAACCAAGGCCCCCAACAGUACCUAAAUCUCUGAACAGACUUCUUUCCGGGCCAAAGGUGAUACAGCAAACAAGGCAUCCAAGUAAUGCAAACCCAGGUGUCAUUUCCAAGUUACCCAGUGGUGGAGUUUUAGGACUUCACUGCAGCAGCAGCUCUGGUGACAAUGCCUUGUACUAUACCGGACAGAUUCAAGUAUUUCAGCCUGGAAACGGAAACUCGGACCAUCAGGUUUCUCCUGUGGUGAAUGUACCCCCUUUUGAAAACAUUGCAGUGUCUCCCAGUUCAGGCAACAACCUGAUGUCCAGAACUGAGUGCAGUGCUGUGCUGGAGCAGGCACCGAUAGACUUUGAUAGCAUGCUGGACGAUGGGGAUCACUCCAGUCUCAUGUCGGGAACCCUGAGUCCAGGUCUGCUUCAGAGCUUGUCCCAGAGCUCCUCUCGGCUCACAACACCCAGGAACUCAGUCACGUUGCCCUCUGUGCCAGUGGCGACGGGGAACAUGGCCAUCGGGGACAUGAGCUCACUGUUGACUGCUCUGGCUGAAGAAAGCAAGUUCCUCAACAUGAUGUCUUAGCCGCAACAAACUGUUUUGUCCUCAGAGACAUGUUUUUGAACACUUGAUGCACAAUGAACAGACUUGACUGUGUACCAAAAAGCCUCUGCAGUGUGUGACUCUUGUUUUCUUGUACAGUUUUUUUAUUUAAAAUUUUCUAUCUUUUUGAAAAGCGACAUGAUGAAAACAGAAUUGUGUUGUACAGUUGUUGUACAGGUCUGCAGUAAGAUCAGCCUACUAAGUGCCUGGCUCAGCCAAUGCAUAUGCAUGUUGUGCAUAUGAUUUUAUCUAAAAAUGUGUAAAUGCAACCAGGUGACGAUCUGAAACACACACAUUUGGAGCACACCGUCACCUCCAACUUGUUUUACAUUGUAGAUUGAGCUGAACUUUAUUCUCUAUCAAGUGUCUAAUUUCGGCUGGAGAGAAGACGGUUCAGUCAUAACCUUUUCUCAUCAACAGCAUUUCAAGUUUACAGUCCUCAGUGAGCCAUUAUUUGUUUGCUGCAUUGCUGCUGAGAUUAACUGUGACAUCUUGGCGUCGGCCAUCAGAGACUUGAUGUGUGACUGAAUCAUGGACUCCUGCAUUGGUAAACCCGUCACGCUCUGAUGCAGCGAGAAGCGAGAAUCAAAUCUUUUUCUUUUGUACAUCAUUAUUAUACCAGUUUGUUGUGCUGGUUAAAUGUAAAUACCAUUUGUACAUUUUUAAGAAAUACAAAACUGACAUUGAUUUUUUUAAAAUAUUACUGUCUGUGUGGUUCUUCAUCCAGAUGUGUUUGAGGUUUCAUGCGUCCACAUGUUCCACCAUGUUAAGUUCAGGGAACAAUCCUAUUCACGGCAAAACAAAGUCAACACUGACUGUUGGAGGGAAAUGAACUGAACUCACAGUUUGUUGAGCACAACCUGAAGGACUUUAACAAAGCUAUGUCAGGUUUUCUUCCUGUACUCCUA